AUGGCUUUGCGUCUGGGAGCUUUCCUCGCCUUCGGCGUGGCGGCUGGCGUCGCAUCGAUUCGGAAGGUCCACGUUGUGUCUUCCAACCAUCUGGACAUUGGCUUUGACGGCAUUCCCGAAAUCGGAUACGACAACAACGUGAUCAAUCGGUACUUCUCGGUUUACUUCCCUAGAGCCAUCGACACUGCCAGCAAAGUCCCCUACGUUUGGAUGACGCAGUCUUACCUGGUCUCGCUGUAUCUGGACUGCCCAAGCGGCAUGGGCUUGAAGUGCCCUUCGCAGGAGGAGCGGCAGCGCUUCGUCGAGGCAGUGAGGGCGGGGCACAUCGUCUGGCACGCCUUCCCCCACAACGCGCAGCCUGAGUUCAUGGACCCCAAGACCUUCGCGGCGGGGCUGCAGCUCACCCACGGCAUCGACGACGCCCUGCAGGUGCCCCGGAAGACCGUCCUGAGCCAGCGGGAUGUUCCGGGCAUGACCAGGAGCGUUAUCCCCAUCCUGCGAAGCAACGGUGUGAAGGCCAUCAGCGUGGGCAGCAACACCGGCUCCUCGCCACCCGCGGUGCCCCGUCCUGGUGUCUUCCGCUGGAGGGACGAGGCAUCCGGCACCGAGGUUUUCGGCAUGCACCAUGCCGGUGGUUACGGUGGCAUCCAAGUCUCCGACUGCGUCGUAACGCCGGGCUUCGACGAGGCGCUCUGCCCUGACUGGCGAGGGGACAACUCGGGCCCGGCGCAACCGCAGGAGUGGACCUCCGAUCUGGACACCGUCAAAAGGGAGUUCCCUGGCGCCGAGGUCGUGCCCAGCACCUUCGAUGCCUUCAUCCAGGCACUGGAGAAGGCAGCACCAAAACUGGACUUGCCGGUCGUCACGGCAGAGAUUGGAGAUACUUGGAUCAACGGUGUGCAGUCAGAUCCUCUGAAGACGAUGAGAUACCGUGCCCUGCAGCGCGCACGCACAGAAUGCUUCGAAGCCAUGCAGUGCACGGUGCAAGACGCUUCCGUGGCGAACUUUACUCGCUUCCUUCUGAAAAUACCGGAGCAUACCUGGGGUGUGGACAUCAAAACGACCCUCCACGACUUCAAAAACUGGAGCAACGAAGCUUUUGAGGCUGCGAGGAAGGGUGAUAACUACCUGCAGACAGAGCUGAGCUGGCGGCGACAGCGUGACUACCUGCAUUGGGCCCUGGAGGCUUUGAGCCCUGAGCACCCGCUCGUGCUCCGAGCCAAGCGACAGCUGAGCCUCCUGCAGCCCGGGCCCCCAAUCGGAGAUGCGCCGCCGCCGGGCUUCCGGCGCCUAACGCCGGAGGAGCUGCAGCAGCCGCUGGUUGUUGGGCAGCUGAGUAUCGAGGUGGAACCUGCAACGGGCUCACUACUGGCGCUAUCCUUUCAGAGCGGGGCACGUUGGGCGGAUGCCGGCACGGGUCCAAUGUUUGGUUUCCAGUACUCCACGUACAACGAGGAGGAUUACGACAUCAUCUGGAAGCAUUACGCUUGGCAGGCCCCCAACAUCCAGGAGUGGUUCAUGGAGGACUUCGGCAAGCCGAACUGCAGCAAAGACGCCAAGACCUCACGGGCCGACCAUACGCCCCAGCUCUCCGCAGCUUUCGCAAAAGAAGCCGUGGACGGCGGCUUCGAGGCCCUGGUCCUCCGCAGCGUCCUGGACAAGGCCGCGCACGCCGAGGCCGGCGCCCCGGCCUCCCUGGAGCUGCGGCUGCAGGCCCAAAGCGCAAACAACCUGGAGGCGUCUCUGACCUGGCGGUCGAAGACGCCCACGAGAUUGCCGGAGGCUUCCUGGCUUCGCAUAGGCGUGCCGGCAGAGGCCUCAGUGCGGCUGCGAAAGCUUGGUGGCCUGGUGGACCCGCAAGACGUCAUCCUGAACGGUUCACAGGGCCUCCACGCCGUCAAUGACGGCGGGGUGGAGCUCAAACUGCCAAGCGGCGAAAAGCUGCAGUUGGAGACCCUCGACGCCGCGCUGGUGUCGCCGGGUGAGCCCACGCCCUUCCCCAUGGGCUACCGGAAGCCGUCCAGACAGAUCAGCUUCAACCUGCACAACAACAUUUGGGGCACUAACUACGUCAUGUGGAGCCCCACUUCUAUCGAGGACGGCGAGGCUGACUUGCAGUUCCGCUUCCGAAUCAUGCAGACAGCGCAGCCGAAGCCAGGUGCGGACGUGAUGUUCGCCUGA